CUCGUUACGCCAGUUUGUUUAGUUUUAUUAGUUUUAUUUAGGUGUUAUAGUUCAAAAUCGAAUUUGCUUACUGAAACACCUAUUAAAUAAGUAAUUUUUAUAAUUAAAUCACUCUUGUGCUUGAAUCAAACUUACAGUUUUUAUAAUCUUUAGUUUUUGCACCGGUACUUGGUUGAAAUAUGACCGUGUGCAAUAGUGGCGAUUUAAAAUUGGAUGCUGCCGUGAAUUCAUGGUUAAAACAUGAUAAGAACCCUGACACCCGCAAAGAAGUGUUAGACGACAUUUCUAAUUCACAAUGGGACAAAUUAAGGAAGACAAUGCUACAGCGACUAAAGUUCGGAACCGCGGGUCUGCGCGGGCGCAUGGCGGCCGGAUACAAAUGUAUGAACGACGUUGUUGUAUUGCAGUCAGCUCAGGGUCUUUGUUCAUAUGUCAAGAAAAUCUCUAGCCAAGGUCCACUACAUCACGGUAUCGUUGUGGGGUACGACGGACGCUAUAACAGCAAGAGAUUUGCUGAACUCACGGCGAAGGUUUUCGUGUCUGCUUCAAUACCGGUGCAUCUGUUUUCUGCGGUAUGCCCGACGCCCUUGGUCUCCUUCGCCACGAUCAUGUAUAAAGCAGCCGCGGGGGUUAUGGUGACGGCUUCUCAUAACCCUAAAGAGGAUAAUGGAUAUAAAGUGUACUGGGGUAAUGGCAGCCAGAUAAUAUCACCCCACGAUGACAAUAUUCUAGAGGAGAUAUUGCAGUGUUUAGAUAUCCCCGAUGAUCAUUGGGAUAUAUCAGAGAUUCGUGCGCACGAAUUAGUGACAGAUUGUUCCGAAGAAGUUACAACUAAGUACAUGGAAUAUAUUAGGAAUAGCCUAAACGAUGAUAUUCUAGAACAGAAUAGAACAGCGGCAAUCGACACCGUGUAUAGUGCGAUGCAUGGCGUCGGUCAUGAUUAUGUGGUGAAGGCAUUCCGAUCUGCAAAUUUGAAGGUACCAAUAAGCGUUAGCCAACAAGAAAAUCCAGAUCCAGACUUCCCAACAGUGAAGUUCCCAAACCCUGAGGAGGUUGAAUGUUUAGAACUAAGUAAGAAGCUGGCAGAAGAGAAGGGAGUCAGAUUAGUAUUAGUGAAUGAUCCGGACGCAGACAGACUAGCCGUGGCUGAACACGAUUUAAGCUCCGAGUGUUGGAAGGUAUUUACGGGCAACGAAAUGGGAACGUUACUUGGGUGGUGGUUACUGCGCCAGUACGAGGCGAGCGGUGACUCCACCGAUGUGUACGUGAUCGCGAGCGUGGUCAGCUCUAAGAUGCUGAAAGCGAUCGUCAAAGGGAAGGGGGAGUUUGUUGAGACGUUGACUGGAUUUAAAUGGAUGGGCAACACAUCUCUGCUGUUAUUACAACAGGGUAAAUUACCACUUUUUGCGUUUGAAGAAGCGAUCGGUUAUAUGUGCAACCACGCUGUGCCAGACAAGGACGGGGUGUCUGCCGCCGUACAGGUGGCGUCGUUGGCAUCGCAUUUGUAUUCUAAAGGAUCGAGUCUAUCACAACAGUUGGAUGAUUUAUAUGCGGAAUAUGGAUUCCACAUCACUCUGAAUUCUUUCUUCAUAUGUCACGAACCUGCUAUCAUACAAAAGAUAUUCAGACGAAUAAGAAAUUAUCAUGGACUGGGACAGUAUCCAAAGAAAGUGGGAUCGUGUGAGAUAAUUUAUAUCAAUGACUUGACCGCCGGCGUCAAGAUACCAGAGGAUGUCAUCGGGGAAGGACAUCUCAGACUACACGUGCGGGGAGAUGGUCAUGUUCCGUUGCAGCAACGGGCUGAGUGUGUGCGUGCGCACCAGCGGGACCGAACCGAAGGUCAAAUACUACACGGAACUAGUCUGCCGAGCGAACAACAAGAGGUCUGA